GGGGGGGGAAAAAGCUUAGAACAGGGACGGUGUGGUUCUUCAGUGGAUCAGGGUCUUUCCUUCAGCCUGUUCUUGACUCCUCCACAAAUACGCUGCUGGAUAACCUUCUGCUCUCACAGCAGCUGUCAACAGACCCACGUCUACAGCCAAACUACUCCCUCUGCACUCCUCUACACUGCUCUCCUCCUGCACUGCUGAACACGCUCGAGGAGAACCAACACUGUUAUGAAGAUGGAGUCACCUCCAACAGUGCUUCCCACCCUGCUGUCCAAUCAGUCUGUGAAGGGCUGCGUCCCUGUGGACAACACAGUGGAGAACAUGCUGUUUGGCCUCUACUACAUCAUAAUCUUCCUCCUGGCGCUCAAUGGCAACAGCCUCGCUCUGUGGAUCUUCUCCCGCCAAAGAGGAACCUCCUCUCCGGCCAAUGUCUUCUUGAUGCAUCUUGCUGUGGCUGACCUGUCUUACGUUAUCAUCUUACCUCUCCGAGCUACCUACCACUUGACGGGAGGUCACUGGCCAUUUGGGGAGGUCCCUUGCCGUGUGGCUGGCUUCCUCUUCUACGUUAACAUGUAUGCUAGCCUGUACUUCCUGGCCUGUGUAGCAGGUGAUCGAUACCUUGCUGUGGUGCACGCUGUCAGCUCGCUAAAAGUCCGGCAAGCUCGCUUCGCCCAUAUAGCUAGCUUUGCUCUUUGGGCUCUAGUGAUCGUGUCUAUGGCUCCUCUACUGGUGACCCAGCAGACAGCAGAAGUGGAUGGAUCUACGGUGUGUUUGCAGUUGUACAGGGAGAAAGCUUCUCGUCGAGCCCUAGUCUCCCUCGCUGUUGCCUUCACACCUCCAUUCUUAGCCACACUUUGUUGCUACUUGCUGAUUGUGAACAGUCUGAGGAAGGGAUCCCGACUGGAGCCUGCGCUGAAGCUCCGGGCUUUGCGUACCAUUGGGCUGGUCAUGAUCAUCUACGUGGUUUGUUUCCUGCCCUACCAUGUGAGCCGUGCCACCUUCAUCUUAGGCUAUGGACAUCCAGACCUGUCCUGCCAAACACAGCGAGGACUAGCACUGGCUAACCGCCUCACAUCCUCGCUUACCUGCCUGAACGGAGCGCUGGAUCCACUAGUCUACCUAUUUGGAGCCGAGAAGUUCCGAGGCACUGUGCAAAGACUUCUCUGCAGGGAUAAAUCAGGGGGAUCAGCAGCUACCAGUGGAGAACUUAAGGGGACGCAUGAGAGCUCCCUCAGUGCUAAGUCGGAGUUCUGAGGAGAGGGGUUUUAGGGGGAAUGCCAACCAUUACAGUGACUUCAAACCACCUUAUAGAUGUAGGCCUCAUGUUUGAUAUUGUUUAGGCCCUCAUAUUAUGGAUCUGAGCACUUAAUUCAGGUGUGUUGAUAUAUUCUAUACUGGAAAUUACAAAGGGAAGUCAUGCAAACACCAAAGACCUCAGCUGGUCAAUUUAAGGUUAAGUCAGGGUGAGCUUGGGCCUCGGAAAACGAAAGGAUAAACCCACUGAACAAAAAUGUGCAUGUGCGUUACAACUGAGACAGUUUCUUACAGGGCUGGCCCAAAUGAUCCGAAAACUCAAGGGUGUUCAUUCUGCUCGCAUUAGCUUUUUUCUGGAACAGAAUUGUAGAACAUCCUUGCGGGUUCAUGCCGAAUUUUUUCCGUUAAAUACUUAUUUAUCAGUUUUAAAUGAAACAUUUUAUCAAAAAAAAAAAACCCAAAAACAUAAAAAUGUCAAUACUUAACAACGGACGUAAUAGGCUAUAAAAUGUAAACGGCGUUAUAAUCAUAUUGUCACUAAUCCUUGUUGCCAUCCCUCUCUUACAUGCCCUCCUUUAUCCCGCUCUCUCGCUCACAAGGUCACAGGACUUUCUGAGGCAAGUUAAAUUGGUCAGUGCCACGUGACCAGCCAUUAGUCAUUAAAGGCAGCGCCUCGGCAGGAUUAACAGAGAAUUCAUAAGUCUCUCUGUAAACGUGCUGUUAUUAAAUCUCAACGCCAGUGGUUUGAGCUAGCCGUGUGUGCUGAUAACGUAACUAGAGGCUGACUCCGUUAGAGGGAGCAUUAAAGUGGGCAGCCCUGCUCAGAUGCAGGACGGACACAGACACAGCCGUCCAGCGAUGUCACUCAAGAGAAGUAAGAAAAGUAUUUAAAUAGCUAAAUUUACACCCAGAGAAACGUCCAUAUGUCUGUAGUUCUGACCGUUGGCGCCAUGCAGGCGCAGACUCGGUCCGAGUCACAGAGUCAGCAGGGCGGCUAACCGGCCGUUACUCACUCAUCGUAGUCGGCUGGCCUCAUGCAGUUGCGCUGCCCUUCUGGUAGUUCCGCAGCUGGCAGUUGAGGAGCGGUGUGUUAUGAAACAACAAAUCCAUAACCGAUCCAGCGAAGACAGUAACACACUUUGUUUUUCUGGAACAUUCCGUUUAAAACUCAUUUUAAAGCACAGUAACUAAAUUCAUUUGAGUGGUUUAUAAUUAAGUGCUAUGUUUUGUUUGAUUUGUUGCUAUCGUGCUAACAAAUGCAAGCUAACGUCUAAACGGCUGUGAUUUCCUCGCCCUAUCAUUUUCGCGUCCCAAAUCGCAUAACAGCACACUACAUAGUAUGCGAAAAAGUAACGCAUGUACCAUUAGAAGUGCACUUGGUGUAUAGGAGGUGAAGUACAGAUGUGUGCGGUUUGGGACGCGGCGCUAUCCCGGCCAGUGAAACCGAUCAGCAGCGCUAGUGGGCGGCAACCGGUCUGAUGCUCUGCUCGUUAGAUGCUCAUUAAACGCUUCCAAGUGUAAAUUUCAGGUAUUUCUUGAUUAAAGAUGCAUUUAUUGGGGUAAGCUAAUCUUGGCCUUGUGUGUUCUUGCUUGAAGUAGCGCUAUUUAAGGUGGACCGGUAAAUUCAAAUAACAGGUUGCUGAAUAACAAGCUAGCUAGCUAAGCUAACUCAUGUAGCGUUAGUUAGCUAACCUAGAGUUUCAUUAGUUUUGGUAGCAACUUUUAUUGUUUUUUUUUUUUUUUUCGUGGAAUAAAAUCUAGCUAAUCAACUCGGAGCGGUUUCUGGAUACGGCAUCUUAAUUGUCCACAUAUCUUCAUGUUUUCCGUGGUCACUCUGGUCCAUUUUCUAGUGUUUAUCCGCCUGAGGGGUUGAGCUCCAGUCAGCUUCACAGCUCACCUACCAAGACGGCGUUUGAGUACUGUGAGUACAGAUUUGCUGUAAAACAUUAAGGCAGCUCGCCGAAUAGUCGGUCUUGAACAAGAUUUAUGUUUACUUGUUCGAGUGAGCAAAAUCCAGUCAGACUCAUCUACUUAACCUGUAUGAGAAGCACACCUGAGUAUCUUUAGUACAUCCAUCUUGAGGAGGGAUGUGUGUAACUAUUGUUAUGAAUUGAAAAACUGGAAUAUUUUCAUUAAAAUCUAAUUAUGUAAAUCAAAUGAAUGAACACCAACCACUAUUUGAAGCCUGUAAAGUGCUGUUCGGGCCAUCCUUUGACCAAGGAUCGUUUAAAGGGACAUUCCAGCUCACAAUUGGUUGUGCAGAGCGCUGUUGUGGUGCAUUGCAUCCCUCAGCCUCACUGGUUUGACAUUUAUUUAUUAUUUUGUGUCCUUUUUGUAGUUUUGGCCAUCAGUGUUCUUGCACUACAAUACCCAGAAUGCAUUACUAACAGCAGUGUUGGCUCCCUGGAGUCCUUUUGCAUCCAAACAGUGUGAAAAAAAGUAAAAAUCUUCCUCAAAGUCCUUUCAAAGUUUUUCAAAAGGUCCACCUGCAAGAUGCAUCAUCAGAAGAAGGUUUUACUUUUAGCAGGAAAGACUCGCUCUAGAGGCUCCUGGAGGCAAAUAGGCCUCCACUGAGAGCAGUGCUCACAUGUUUUUCACCUUGGCUGGAGUGUCCCUUUAAGCAUUUUGGAAAAAAGGGUUAAUCUUAAGAGAAAAACGUCAAGAAACAUUUUCAAAUGACUUCACUGGCCAAAAAUGCUGACAACUUGUAUAAAAUGUUUGACACCAAGGGAAAAUCAGUUCUGUCUUCCUUCUGAUAAAUGCAUUUAUUUGACUUUGAUUUCUAAAUAAUGCCGAAUAUAGUCCAUCUGAUUACUGCUAUAGAGGUUCUUUAACUGUGUUGUUUACUCCAAAACAAUGAGUUAGUAUCUACAUAAAGCCAGGCUUGUAGGCAUAUUGUAUGUUAACCUUUUUCUUUAUUAAGCAUCACUUGUAUUGUGUUUGGCUUUUGACCUGCUUUGACAUUUUUUAUGUAAAUGGAAGGGACAAGUAACUAUAUAUCAUAACAAAAUGCUACUAACAAAUUUUAUUGCACUUAAAUAUGCAGUAAUGAAUAUUGUUGUGCUGUAAUUGUUUCUUUUGAAAAAGUAACUAUCAGUCCACAUGUAGAUCAUAUUGUCUUCAUGUUCAUAUUACUUUAGUUCAUGUAUCUCCGGUUUUAAUUGUCUCUGUAAGCUAGAAUACCACAGUAGGGUUAUUACGCUAUGUACUACUUACGCUGCUAUGCAAUGCUAAAUAUGCCUUACGCUCAGUUAUGUAUCACUAUUUACAUCCUUUUCUUUGGAUAUUUAGUCAUCUAAAUGUGCUUGUUUUGCCUGAAUAGCUUUGAAUAAGAAACUAUUUAUUCUUCUGUAUCUUUGCAUGUGAUGCUGUGGCCUCUCAUGUUGCUGUAUUUCAGUAUUGCUUGGACAAAACAUGCUAGAUGCACUGUUUUGCAAGUGUAUUUGUAAUCGUGGUGUAAAUUAAACUUUCAUAUUUUUA